CCAUAUUAGAGCCAGCAGUCGCGUCCUGAUGACGUAGUACGUCUACUCGGAAACCCGGUGCUGUGAUGGCGGCUUCCUUAGGAGGCAACGUGAUUGCAGAGCGGGAGAAAGUAGGAUUGUGAGGGGCUGUUGUGUUGUCCUGCACUUUGUAAAAGUGGCCAAAGGCACCAGAUCCUGUUUAAUCUUGGAAGCUAAGCCAGGUCAGCUCUGGUUAGUACUUGGAUGGGAGGCACCCAAUGAACACCAGGAAGUGGAAGACUGGAAGAUUAAACUUUAUUGCUUGAAGUUGUAUUUAAGAAAAAAUGGCUAGCUACAAGCCUGUUGUGGUCCCGUCUUACCCAAAACUUGGUGAGAAAAUAACCAAGGAUACUCUGUACUGGAAGCAUUACAAGGCCCCCAUUCAAAUAAAGGAGUUCGGUGCAGUGAAUAAAAUAGACUUUUCUCCAGUUCCUCCCUAUAACUAUGCUGUCACAGCUUCAUCAAGGAUUCACAUUUAUGGCCGAUAUUCACAAGAACCAGUCAAAACAUUUUCUCGCUUCAAAGAUGUAGCUUAUUGUGCUACGUACCGAGAUGAUGGGAAGCUGCUGGCUGCUGGCAGUGAAGAGGGCAGUGUUCGACUCUUUGACAUCAGUGGAAGAGCAGCACUGAGACAGUUUGAUGGCCACACUAAGGCUGUGCAUGUUGUGGGCUUUCUCUCUGAUAAGUACCGUAUAGUAUCUGGAGCAGAUGACUACACAGCAAAGGUGUGGGACAUUUCAUCUUCCUCAGAAAUAAUUUCCUACAAAGAACACACAGAUUAUGUAAGAUGUGCCUGCACAAGUAAACUGAAUGCAGAUCUCUUUGUAACAGGUUCAUAUGAUCACACUGUGAAACUCUUUGAUACUCGGACAGAAAAAAGUGUGAUGACGAUAGAACAUGGGCAGCCAAUUGAGAGUGUUAAUCUUUUUCCUUCUGAUGCUCUUCUUGUGACUGCAGGUGGUCGGUAUGUCAAAGUUUGGGACAUGCUUAAAGGAGGGCAGUUGCUAGUGUCCUUGAGAAAUCACCAUAAGACUGUAACCUGUUUGUGUCUAAGUAGCUCUGGACAGAGGCUGCUGUCUGGGUCCUUGGACAGGCAUGUCAAGGUUUAUAGUACAACUUCAUACAAGGUUGUUCACAGCUUUAACUAUGAAGCAUCAAUUCUCAGUCUUGCAUUAGCACCUGAGGAUGAAACUCUUGUUGUUGGCAUGACAAAUGGAAUACUCAAUGUUAAACAUCGGAAGCGUGAAGGAGCAAAAGAGCUUUUGAACAAGAGGAGAAGGCCUGUUUACAGAACCUUUGUGAAAGGACGAAGCUAUAUGCCAAAGGAGGAGGAUUUCUUUGUCAGUAAACCUGUCAAAACUUAUUUGAAGAAGUAUGACAAGCUCUUGAGAAGUUUUGAGGUCUCCAAAGCUCUUGAUGCAGUUCUUCUGGCUCAUGGGAAAAAAAACUUCCCUGAAGUUGCAGUUGCCGUCAUGCAGGACCUAAAACGGAGAGGAACACUGAAAAAUGCACUUGCAGGACGAAAUGAAGAACAGCUCAAGGCGCUCCUUUCUUUUUUAAUAAGCCAUAUAACAGAUGAAAGAUUUGCUCCUGUGCUGAUAAGUAUUGCAGAAAUGAUCAUUGAUAUUUACAUGCCAGUUGUUGGACAAUCUCCAAUUAUUGACAAGCAGUUUUUAAAACUUCAAGAGCUUGUAGAAAAAGAAAUCGAACACCAAGUAGAAUUACUGGAAGUCUUGGGGAUGAUGGAUUCAUUGUUUGCAACUAUGGCAAGAAAAAAGCCCACUCCUUUGGAAGAGGAGAAAAGUGGUGGUUCAUAGAAGAUACUGCAAAUUUCAUCAGAGGUUGCAUUGCAUUUGACUCAUACUUUCACCAGAUGCAUUUAUAUACUUUCCCCCAAAGUAUUGCUCUGGAGAAAUAAAAAAUACAACAUUUCUUUGAGGGAAACAAGGUACUGGUGACCAGUUAGAGUAAAGGCCCUUGGGAAGUAAUUUAUUGCCAUCAGGGUCUAUUUAACUGUUAAUGUUUUUGCCAAAUAUUGUAUAAAGUUGAACUUUAUUUAUACAAUUCUACUGUGGUUAAAUGUAAGAUAAUUCAAAGAUCUUUAUAUUUUGCCAGUUCUUUGGCAGUGUGCAUGUGCCUUCAAGUUGCCUGUCUGCUUAUGGCAACCAUUUAUUAAGUCCCCUGCUAUUCAAACAAAUAAAUAUGGCACAAUUUCCAUAAAACUAUUUAAAAAUUUUCACAUGUGAUGAUUUCUGGUAAGUCAGUCCUGCUUUAAUAUGAGAAAACAAGAUGUUUAGUAGUUUUGUUCUGCAGUACUCUGAAAUUUUCCACAAAACAAGAUGUAGUUGUCCUGUUAGUAUCUAAGGGUACAUAAUGAAUAGUAACAUGUACUCCUUUCAAAAAUAAUUUUAAAUUCUAAGCAUUUGAUGUCACUAAAGCAUUUGGCUACAUUCUUUUUUAUCCCAACAGAUUAAAAUAAAUAUUCAGGGUGUCUAAG